CCCAUAUCCAGCUCACCAUUCCAACUGGUGAAUUCGAUACGCGUAUAACAUUCUUUCCGUCGCAUUUCUACCUGCCAACACCAAACAAGCCUUUAUCUCUACACCUAGCGCUUUGAUCCUCGCAUAUCGGAUGACAGGCGGCUCGGAACCCCAUCCCGACCAAGCCAAUGAAGAAGCGCCGCACUCAUCGCAAGUCACGGCGCGGGUGUCAAGAAUGCAAACAGAGACACCAAAAGUGUGAUGAACUAAGGCCGCAAUGUGCCAAUUGCACCAUCACCAAUCGCGUCUGCCACUUUGAAGACGACCGAGCGAGUCCACGACAGAUCCCCUUGCCUGGCACGCCCGUGAGCCCGGAUGUUGUGUCUCACUCCAUCCGAGCACCACUGGACAGUGUGCGACGGCAUCCUAUCCUAAUCGCCAUAGAGGGAUCCCCGCAGUCGCAGUUUGAUGUGCAGGAUAAUUCUGCCUCCGAGGUGAACUUGGACCACAUGGAACUCAUGGCGCACUACACCUUUGCGCUGUCCAACCCCGAGGUCGACCAAGACUUUGACAGAGCAGCAACCAAGAUGGUGUUGCAGACGGCGCUGGAUUUUCCUUGGCUUCUCCACGAGAUACUUGCAAUCGCUUCCCGGCAGCUCGUCUUGGUGCGGCCGCAGCGUGCCGCUUUCUAUCGAGCGCAGGCCUCACGGCUGCAGACCCGAGCCCUUUCACUCUUCAAUAACCGCAACGGCGGGAGUGGCCUUGAGCCCACCAUCGACGCGACCAACUCACUCGCAGCCACCCUCUUUUCGUCCACGCUGGGCCGCCAUGUGCUCGCGGAUACAUUGGAGACUCUUCCGCGGGGAACGGGCGACGACAGGGACGGCAUCAGUUCCGAGGCUGCUUUGGACCGCUACUGCCAAUACCUUCAGGUUCACAACGGCUUGCGCGUCGUCGCCUCGAGCGCGUGGCCUCACCUGCUCGAGUCUGAACUUUGGCCACUGAUCUCGCUGGUCGGGCAGCUGAACACGCCCCGUCUACGAGGCCAGGGAGAAGAGCUGCGUGCUCUUUCGGAUUGGGUCAAGGACCAGCAUAAUGCCAGGGUUCUGACUGGCACAGUCUCCCCAGUCGAUGAUAGCAACGACGGGGAAGACGAGGCCCUCAACGCCUGCCUCGAAGCGAUCAGCUUGUUGCAGACGGGCCUCGACCAUUCGGGGCUAUUUUCCUUCCCACCUUCGCAGCAUCCUCUGCAGCAGCAAAGCAGGCGGCUACACCAACAUCAAAUGACAUUUUCCUGGUCCGUCCGGUGUCCAGCCAAGUUCAACCAGCUGGUCCAACAGCGCCGACCGGCCGGAUUGGUCAUCUUAGCUCACUAUGCCGUGCUGCUGCAUCUAAGCAGCGACCUUUGGUUGAUUGGUCCCUCAGCAGCACGUCUCUUUCAAGUCGUCGCCGAUGUGCUGGGGCCUGCGUAUGAUGCACAACUUGCGUGGCCACGAGGAAUUUUGUCAGGUGGUGGAGGCGGUGGGGGAGAUAUUGCCGGAAUGGGUAAUUCUACCUUGGUUUCAACACCAUCAUGACCAUAGUUGUCUUCUGGGCUGCGAAUAGAUACACCAUACGGGGACAGGAGUACUAAGGUUCUGGACUAGUCUGACUACAUCAUAUCACUUUAGACCAGCAAUUCCCAAUGGAAGUCUGAAAUGAUGCCUGGAAGAUUCCCUUGUGAGAUAUGGGCAGGAUUAUCAUGGCUUUUUUGAACUCAUCUCCUAUUCACA